CUUGGGGCUUGGGGUUCCGACAUAACAUCCGAUUUUCUCGUUCCUGAGCGGUUCUGUAAUUGUAUAGGGUUAGGGUUUUACUAUUGGUUCUGGGAUUUUGGAGCACACUGGUUGGUUGUUUCUGCAGCUAUGGCGUCAUCGACCAAGGUUAUCAAGGUUCAAUAUGCGGAAACACUGAGGCGUUUCAAUGCUAGUGUCAAUGAGAACAAUCAACUGGAUCUUGACAUGGUUGGAUUGCGAGAAAAGAUCUUGAGUCUUUUCAAUCUCCACCCUGAUGCUAACAUUACUAUGACGUACAUUGAUGAAGAUGGUGAUGAAGUGACUCUUAUUGAUGAUGGUGAUCUGCAUGACACGAUGAGGCAGAAGCUCAAAUUCUUGAAGAUAUUUGUACAGAUUAACAAUGAUAAAUCUGCCAAGUCAAGUGGAAGUUCUACUCCUUUGAGGUCCCCUCAAGGUCCACCUCCAGUACCAAAUUUUGAUGCUGGUGCAGCACUGAAGUCCCUGCCAGAGCCAUUUCGGGAAUUUGCUUCUAAGUUUCCUCUUGAAUUGGCUUCAAAAGCUGCAUCAUCCAGUCCGGUGUUUACGGAGCUUGUUGACUGGUUUUCAAAGAUGGGCCUAUCGUACCUGAUUCCAGAUGCCCAGGUUCAGACCGAAGGAGAUUCAGGCAAGCAGAGCGGUGCCUCUGGGAGUCACGUGGCUUCAUCAGCUGCUGGUAAUUCAAAUGAUCUGAAGGGUGAUGGCAAGUCAAAACCCAUCUUAAAGUCUGCAGCCGAGGAAUCAAGCACCAAAAAAGGUCAGGCGACGGAUUCUGUGAAUGUGACCAAGGAUGUGGGGAUGUCUGAUCCACCUCUUCAUGCAACUGUUGAUCUCAAUUUCCUUCCUACUGAUUCUUAUCUAUCAGGAUCCACGCCUGUAAAUGGUGCACCAGCUGGAUCAAGUUUUCACACCAGUGAUGCAAGGAAGGAGUCUAAGGAGCUUCCAAAUGGUCUUCUCAAUAUUCAAAAGAAACUUCACAACAAGAAGCCUUUUGGUUGUGGUGCGUCAACAAGUUCAGCUUUCCUUGCGAGCCAUAUUAAUGGUAUGAUUAGUAAUCGUUUCAACGAAUGUUCACUUACAGGGACUCCUAUUGCAAAUGACUCAGCUACUCCUGCUGCCUCUCGGCGUAUUCCUUUCAAAAGAAAUCACUCCAAAGCGAUGGGUGGUAUGUUCCACACAGGUGUUCAGUGUGAUGGCUGUGAUUGUCAUCCAAUUGUUGGACCUCGAUUCAAGUCAAUAGUGAAAGAAAAUUAUGACCUCUGUCAGAUUUGUUUUGCAAGUAAGGGUAGUGCGACUGAUUACAUUAGGAUUGACCAACCUAUCUCUUAUCGUCAUCCACAGCCCUUCAAGGGGUUGUUUGAGCAACCUCCAUGGGUCGGCCCCCCAGUUAUGCCAAAAAUCUUGAGAGGUUUAAGUAUGAACCCAGGCCACCCUAAGCUUGAUAGCCACUUUGUAUUGGAUGUCAAUGUAAUGGAUGGUACAUUAAUAGCCCCAUCUACUCCAUUUACCAAAAUAUGGCGGAUGCGCAACAAUGGUAGUAUGGUGUGGCCUCAAGGAACAACACUUGUGUGGAUUGGGGGUGACAGAUUUAGCAAUUCAGAUUCAGUCGAGAUAGAGAUUCCUGCGGAUGGUGUGCCAGCUGAAAAUGAACUCGAUAUUGCUGUUGAUUUUACCGCGCCCGAUUCACCUGGUCGCUACAUCUCACACUGGAGGAUGGCAACCCCGUCUGGCCAAAACUUUGGUCAACGUGUUUGGGUUCUGAUCCAGGUUGAUGCUUCCUUGAAGGAUUCAUUCUUUGAGAGCUUUCAAGGUCUGAACUUGAAUUUGCCCCCAAAAGAAUAUGAAAAAAUGGAUGCGAACGUUCAACCAGCUGCUGUCAGUGACUUUCUCCAGCCUUCUGCUUCUACCCCACUCAAGGAACCAGUGAAGCCCGUGCCUACUGAACAGCCUGGACAUGACCAGGAGCUCCACUUCCCCAUCAACGAUAGCUUGCUGGUUGGCCACAGCCCCUCUGCCCCUACUGAGCCACAGGGUCCUUCAACUGUGUCGUACCCCACUGUUGAGCCACAGGGUCCUUCAACUGUGUCAUAUCCCACCUUUGACCCACCACAGGGUUCGACUGUGUCGUAUCCCAUGGUUGAUAUCUAUGAAUCAGCCCCGCCCUCCCCCAAAUCACCACCUGUUGUCAAUGCACUGGCAUCAUCUGAAGGGACCAGUUCAAACAAUGCUGUGGAAGAUACCAUGCUGAAGGAGCUCGAGGCGAUGGGGUUUAAGCAGGUCAAUUUGAACAAGGAGAUUCUGCGUAGGAACAACUACAACCUGGAGCAGUCUGUUGAAGAUCUCUGCGAGGUUUUGGACUGGGAUCCUAUCCUUGAGGAGCUGCAGGAAAUGGGUUUCUGUGAUACCGAAAUGAACAAGAAGCUGCUGGUGAAGAACAAUGGAAGCAUCAAGCGUGUGGUUAUGGAUCUGAUCAACGGGGAGCCGCUUUAGAUGGAAGACAACUACUUAUAAAUCCUGUUAAUAUAACCCUAGUUAUAUAAAUACAUAUAUGUGUGUGUGUGUGUCCGGAAUAAUGGGCUGGCAUUUUGCCAUAUGCAAUAUGAUGCUUUGAUUGCUUUUGGGGACCUUGUGCAUUGCUUUCUUAUUAUCUAAUUAUUUAUUAAGUAAAUUGGUACUGAUAUUUAAGUUAUGGAUUUAAUGUAAUCCAAGUUAUUUAUUCCUAUC